AUGAGAAAUCGUUUUAAUACUCAAAAUCCGCUUGCAGUUUCAGCGUUUAAUGAAUUACGUCGGGUGCAGCCUCCGGCGCAAGACGUGCAUCGAUCAACGUCGCAGCCCUCCCCCGCGUUGCACUCGACGCCCACCCACCUCGCCACCAGCCUCCCCGUGGUAGAUAGGCACAGGGAGACUACCACGGCCCCGCACUGCCCAAAUAAAAUAUUCGCAGGAACGCCGCACUCUAAGCUUAGAUGUGAUACCAAGUGUCACGUGUCAAACGUGAACAAAUUAUGA